AUGUCUCUCAAACCCCUUACUCUCUGGGGUCACGCCGGAACGCCCAACCCCUGGAAGUUCGCUAUGAUCCUGGAAGAGCUCAAUGUACAGUACGAGCGCAAGUUCAUCGACUUCGCCGACCUGAAGAAGGAACCCUUCGAGUCAAUUAACCCUAACGGUCGGCUCCCAGCCAUCGAGGACCCGAACACCGGCAUCUCCGUCUGGGAAUCCGGCGCCAUCCUUGAUGCGAUCGAUCGGUAUGUCAACGAGAUCCGUCGUAUUUCCGGAGUUCUUGACCGAUGGCUUGAGUGCAAGGGGUGCCUCGUCGGUGGCAAAUACAGUUAUGUCAAUGCGGCUUUUGUGCCGUGGUUUGAUGUGGUCCCGGUCCUCUGGUCGGACAAGAUUGAUAUAGAGAAGGACUUCCCGCAUGUCAAUGCCUGGUUGACCCGUAUUAAAGCUCGGCCGGCUAUUGCUAAGGCUCUUAAUGAUAAGGCGAAGACUAUGACUGCGGAAGGGAUAUAA